AUGGCGGGAGUGCACCACAGGGCACAGCAGCUGGUGCGAGGGGCAUGCGGAGCAGGCAUCUUGUGGAUGAUGAUCAAGGGCGAACGGAGAAAGAUGUUGGAGACGGGGGGUGGCAAGACGGUGACGGAAGGGACGUGGACGAUGCGAGAGAGUCGCACUGGAGCUCCGGAUCGUCGGGGUGCAGAGCAGCAACAUAAUGGAGUGGAUAGCACUUAUUACAAAUCCAACUACGUUCAUUCAGACCAAUGCAAGUCUGUUUUUAUGGGACUGUUCUCCCUUGAGAUGGUUGUGUUGACGUUACUUGUCAUGACUGUCCUGGUCUCCAUUGCUCUCAUGAUUCGCCGCAGAAGAAAUGCUCUGUUUGAAGACAAAAAGAAAGAGGCAUUCGAGAUGUUAGACAGACUGGAAGAAACCAUGAAGAAAAGUGAAGUGCAGCUCUUGGACUUUAAGUCGAGGGUCGACAAAGAUCAAAAGGCUAUGGAAGACUUGCUUAGAAGAAAUGAGUUGGCUUCGGACCUGGUGAUGUUGAGGGCGAUGAGCAAGAAAGGCAGCAUGGAGCUAGUAGGAGACACUAUAGCGCUUCCAUCAUGA